CCUUCAAACCCUAUCAUUUCUCCCCGGCAGCCGACUCCUCCAGCACUGUGCUUCAAACGCCCCUCUCCCUCUCCUUCCCAUGCCGAGUCACCCUUCCUUCUGAUCUAAUCCCAUCUUUCCCUCCAUGGCCGCGUCGAGGCUCUUGCAGCACACCUCGCUCUUCUUCCUCCGCGCGUCCACAACUAACUCCCUCUCCCUCCGCCCUUCCCUCCUUCCCCUCUCUAACCUCCGACCCUUCUCCGUGAUCCCUCCCCCCAGGAUCCAAUCAUUUACUACCGACGCCGCCGCGGCCAUCGACGGAUCCCCGGCCGUCGCCGAGGAGGCCGCCGCGGCGGCUCACCCGUGGCCCGAGUGGGAUCGGUUCGUCGAGAAGCUGACGAGCAAGGGGUACUUCGAGAGGUCCGCUUCGGCUGGCACGGCCGAGGAUGAUGAGGGCGACGGCGGAAGCGCCGCCGCUUCUGAUACUAAGAUGGAGCUGAAUCGUUUGAAGAAUGGUUGCCUAAAGUUUGCCCGCGAGCGGUUUGACAUUCUCAGAUCUCUGCCCAAAGAACAUAUCCGAUCUAUUGUAGAAUGUGGAUGCCCUAAUCUGUUUCGCAAAUCUGUUAAUUCAGCAAAAAGAUUGCGAGCCUUUCUGCGACUUGAUGAAGGAGAUGUAUGUAGUGCCUGCAAUCUACGAGGAUCUUGUGAUAAAGCAUACAUAAUUCAACAUGAAGAGGGAGGAGCCCGCACUGUAGAUGUAAUGCGUAUUUUGUUGAGCUAUGCAGUAAAUCCAGUCAAUCUUUCAGGAGGUGAAAAUCCUUCUGUAAAAGAGAAUGUUCAGGAGUCUGCUCGGAAGCUGCUCUCGCAGCUUAUUGAACUCAGUGACACAACUAUUAAUCCAUCCCUUCCGAAGCCUGCUAUGAGCACUCCUGCUCAAAAGGAACCAUCUCAGAAGAUCAGUAGUAGAAACAAGCAUCCACCCAAUGUUGAAAUGAAGAGAGGGGACUGGUUAUGCCCUAAUUGCAAUUUUCUGAACUUUGCUCGAAAUUUGCGUUGCCUCGAAUGCAAAGCAGAUGGGCCCAAGAGAGUAGACUUUGGUGGUGCUGAAAUGAAGCUAGGUGAUUGGACUUGUCCACAGUGCCAAUUUAUGAACUUUGCGCGCAACAAGAAGUGCUUUCGCUGCCAAGAACAACGGCCUAAGAGACAGUUGAACCCGGGAGAGUGGGAAUGUCCCUCAUGUGAUUUUAUAAACUUCCGGAGAAACAAGGUGUGCCUGAAGUGCAAUUGCAAUCGCCCUGAAGAUGAGAGCAAUCGGUUUGAAGACCAUUUAUGGAGGCGGCCGAAGGAGUCCAGCAAGAAUAAUUCCAUCAAGUUUGGAGAUGACGAGGAUGAAGACAACGAAGAUGAUGACGAUGAUGAUAUCUUGCCACUGCAUGAAGGAGAGAACAAAUUUGUUGUAAGCAAGAGAGCUACACCCUCCGACAGGAGAUUGACAUCUGCCAGGAGAAGUAAUCCUUCUUGACUGCCUGCUUAAAGGAAUGCCUGUAAAAGAAUGUAUGGGUGAAAUGUUUGCUAGCAGUUUUUCAUAUCAUAUAUUGGCAAAAGCCCGUCAGAAUUCAUCUCCUUGCGGUUUAUUAUAUAUCAUCCACUUCUUUGGGGAAAACUUAUAGAGCUUAUGCAAGCUUUUAACAAAA